AUGAGCUUUUUUUGGACAAAAUCAGCGCGAAGCCUGAACAAUAUUCAUCAAGAAGUUAAAGAAACAUGCACAUGGCGAGAGUUUCAAAAAGCAAAUCUCAAAAAACAACAAUUUAUUACUUUAGAAAAGAUUAUCAAAUUACAAGAGAAUAUGUGCUUAAAUUAUAUUCAAAAAUGCCAAGAAGCAGCAGAUUUAGAUACGUCACUAAAGCAAUUUUAUUAUACUAACAAAGAUCUUAGUAUUCGAACCGAUUUUGCAUCCUUAGGAAUCGACAAACAAGUUCUCGAUGAAUUCAUUAUGCAUCUAUCAAAAAAUUUAAGUACAUUUGCGUCGACAGUUCAAUACGACAAAUUUGUUUCAGGAUUGGCUCUAAAAUUCAUUCCUUUUGACUUCAAUCCAUUGCAUUAUGCAUUAUUUUCUGCUCUUCCAUCAUUAUUCGGAUACUGCUGGUCUUCUGAAUUGGCAGAAUCAUACAUUGACUUUUUAUUUAAUUCUGCCUUUACGAAUCGCACGUUUUCAUUGCUCCAUCUUACUUUAUCACUUUCAAAUUUCAUAAGAGUAUCCAUCGGACCAGUAUUUUUCAAGAAAACAAUGGGAAAUGAACUUUUGGAUUUAAUAUUGCCAUUAAAAGUUACAGAUCAAGACAUACAAAAUGCUGCGCUGACUAUAACUAACAACAUGUUACAAAAUAUUACGUUAAUUCCUCGUCACGUUCGUAGAAUAAUCAGAAGAUUUUUUAACAUUGAUGAAAACAAACUUAUGACAGCAGAAAGUUUCGUUUGUGAAUGUUUGGUUAACGCUGCAAUCAAAAAUCCAAAAGAAUACGGAAUUGUUGAUUUUUCUAUUUAUUUAAGUCAGAAUAUCUUCACUAGGCUUAAUAAUUUAUGUCACACAUUCCAAUUUGCUGCUUCUGGUGAUUCUAUUUCUGAUUUACAUAGUGCUUUUGUUGAUUUUGUUUCCGAAUGUGAGAAUGUUGAUGAAAUUCCAGACUUACCGUUAGUCUCGCACAUCCUACCAUUGCUUAAGAUGUCAGAUUUCCCCAUGGUUCAAUCACUUACCGAUGCAGUUACCCUUGCAUACUUAGUUUUGAACAGCGACUGCCAUCCAAAGCUGAAACAGCUCGCUGAAAUAAUAUUUGAGAACAAGAAGUACCCGUUCUGCUUUUUCCAAGUUGUUUUGAAGGACUUAUCUCAAUUUCAGAUCACAACAAGCGACGCAAACAACAUGGAUACAGAUAAUUCCAGCCAAACUACAAAGACUAUCUUUAAUUUCUUUGAGCAAGCCCCUGUUUGCGAAACUGCUCCGAAUAAUUUUAUCGAAUUUCUCAAUUUCCAUCGAAGAAAAGCAGAUCUUGAGCAUAAAGAAGACCACCAGAUUAUUCUACAGCGAAUAUUAUCCCUUCUUCCUAAACAAGGAAGCAGAGAAUGGGCAGAUAUAAUUCCUUCUCUCGAAGAUGAGCUCGAAAGACAGAAACUAUAUGCUACAUUGGAAGAAGAAUCACUCUCUAAGUUAUCUUUACUAGGAACAAGCAUUGAUUCAAUGAUAAAAAGACUGAAAUCGAUUUCUUCCAAUCCACACAAUGCGUUUUACUACAAUUUGUUUGAAGAAUUUUUGGAUGCGAACCAAGAUAUCAAAGGAAACUUCGAAAGUAGAUCAAUCGAAUACUUUCAAUCACUUUCGAAAUUUUAUUCAGUUUUCGAAUCGUACUGUAGCAGGAUUAGAGCGGUUAUAGCAGAUGAUGAAGCAUAUACCAAUGUUCUUAUCUGUUUUCAUACGUAUAUUAUGACUUAUCUCCCAAUUGACAUGUACAUUGCAUUUAAUCCACAGUUUAAGAAGAAUGAUGACUUCUUAUCACAUCCACCAGAGAAAAUGGUGCAAGAAUUGUGCAUUGCUCCUUCAGCUGAAAAAGUCAGAAAAUUAUUUGAUAAUACAGAGAUAUUUAGCUUGGCAAUUGCCGAAAUUUCAGAAGCAAGGAUCAUUCCUAUCCCAGUUAUAGCUCUUGGGCAUUUAAAUGAAGCAAUUUAUAUUUUGAAUACGCUUUUCUUCAUGGAAUACGGCUCAGGAGCUCAGGCAGAUGAACUUACACCAAUUAUAGUCUAUCUGAUCCUCAAGUGCAGAAUUCCAAACAUGUAUUCGUUUGUUAUGUACUUGAAAGACUUUUUACUCAACCUUUGCACGAAACAGUUCAUGAUAAUCAAAGAGAGCAACAUUGUUGGACUUACUCAUAUUAUUAACCAUGUUACUUCAAUAUUUGAAGCAAUUCCGGAUAUACAAGAGAAAAAGAUUAAAUAA